UUUCCUCCCUUGCAGAUUUAUUAAAUAUCAGCUUUCAUUAGGAUAAGGCUUUUAGGUUUAGAAUGCUUUCAUAAACAUCCCCUCAUUUGAUCCUCAUGAUAAUCUGUGUUUGAAGUUAACAGUGACUAAUUAUCCCCCAUUUUUCAGAAUGGUGUUCUCAUCUGUAUUGAGGUUCAGAGACUUCAAGUGAAAUACAGAGGUCUCUGAAUUUUAGUCCAGUGUCUCACUUCAGUGACCGUUAAUUUGCAGAAUUUGCCUGAUAUUUCAAAUGUCCAUACGGCCUCAUCUUUAACCAAUUUAUUGUGACAGUGUGGUUGACAAGAUGCUGGGUUAAAUUAGAAGGGAUUAGAGCAUACUGAAUAAUUUCUUAACAAGCAGGGACCAGGGGAAGUUUCCUAUCGGUUUAACAAUCUUUUCCUACCAUUACUGUGCUUAUCUUAAGACUGACUGACUCUUCAGGGGUCAGGGAGAUGAUGAUGGUGGGGUAAAAUAAUAACCAGCCACUACUAAUUUAACUUUUACAUUGUGCCUGUAGUAUGCUAAGUACUUUGAUGUUCAUGAUCUCAUUAAUUCUUGCAACAGCCUUAUGAGGUAGGUACUGUGAUGGUCCCUAUUUUACAAGGGAGGACAUUUGAAACUUCAGAAUGUAAUCAUUGUAUCUUUCCCCACUGACUUCUUAAUUUUAAAAUGUUUUUAUUAUUAAAUAUUUCAAGCAUAUAAAAAUUAUAGUUAUACCAUGUAACAAUAACGAAUACUGUUAUACCCACCACCUAGCUUUAUUGUUUUAGGUCUUUUCUUAUUAAUGUUUUUUAAAGAAAUAAAACAUUACAGAUAGAAUUGAACCUACUCACACCCCCUUGCCAUUCCUCUUCCCUCCCCACCACCAGAGGUAGUCACUAUCCUGAACUUGGUGUUCCUUAUUUCUAUUUAAUGAUGUAUAUAUAUGUAUCCAUACACAAUUUAUGUUAUUGUUUAACAAAUAAAUUGUAAGAAAAAAAAGAUGGGAAUCUGUAGAUUAAAAAACUCACAAGACCUAUCAGCCGAUUGCAAUAUAUGGCCUUUAUUUGGAUACUGGUUUUUUUUUAUCUUAAAAAAUAUGACAUUUAUAAAAUAGCUGGAAAUAUGAACUGGAUAUUUUAUGAUGAGGAAUUCUUGUUAUUUACAGAUGAAAUGAUGUGAUUCCUGGGACUUGCUUCAAAAUAAUCUGGAAGGUGGGAGUCAAUCAUUUUGACAAGUCUCCUGAAAAGAACAGCUAGCAGGAGCUGAACCCUUUUUCCAUUUGGUCUCGUGGCAAAGGCAGAGAUCACACCAGCAGCUCCACACAAUAUGCCGUGCUCACUAGUGCCCUCUGAACAGUCUUCUGGUACCUCUCUUUUGCCUAAAGACAAUGCCCCAUUUUCUUGGGAUUCCUUGGAUGAGGACGGAUUGGAUGACUCCUUGCUGGAGCUGUCUGAUGGGGAAGAUGAUGGCCAUUUCAGUUUCACGGAGGAAGAGAUUCAGGAACUCUUGAAGGAUGAUGACCUAUCAAAUGAGCACUUUUCUUGGGGAGGAGGCUUGCCUAACCAUGACAGCAGGAAUGUUGAGAAGGGAGGGAAAGGGAGUCAAAUUCCACUUGAUACUCCCCAAGAGAAAAAUUCAUUGUACAGCUUGGGACCAGAAGCUGAGACCACUAGCCUCUUCAAACUACCUCAACUAAAUACAUCAGUUGGUCAUGGACCAACUCCUCCUAAACCAUUGAACAGACGCUUUGCACUAGAAAAGAAUCUUAUAAAAGUUACAGUUGCACCAUUUGAUCCAACAGUUUGUAAUGUUGUACUUGAUAAGGACAAGACUGAUACAUCCAAAGUUACUGAAAAACCCUCCUCCCUUGGAGAAGAGAUGAGAGAAGAUGGUCUUAGCCUAAAUGAGAGCACAAUUUGCACAGAAUCUGAAGGGAUCAGCCUCAGUAACUCUGCCUAUGAUGGGUCCCCACUCCCUUUUUCAAACAGUAACUUUCAACAAACUGUCUCUGAUAAAAAUAUGUCUGACAGUAAGAAACCUACACCUGUAUUCUCUCAGAUCUUGGACCAUUCAGAAACUCCUAAUACAGGGUCAGCCUGGAGAAAUGGACCACAUAAAUCAAGUUUUGAAAUGAGGUUUCCGGUUGUUUCCAGUUCAUCAAACAAAGAUGUUCUUGACAAGGAUUCUGGGAAGCUGAAGGUCCAUGAAAAAAGACUAGGCAAAGUCAUUCCUGUUCUGCAAACCAAAACAAGGACUAAUAUUCCGACGUUUUCACCAUCAGAUCUAGAAAAGCAGAAGCAAAGUUAUCUCAGGAAUGUCAUUGCUCAUAUAGAAGACCCAGUGGACUCUAACCAAGGUACCUUGGGGGAGCUGUGUGCCUUGAUGGGUCAAGUUCAUCACAUGCAGAACCCAAAAUGGCAGCAUCCUUCGGACCUCACCAGGCGAAACUAUGCCCGGUUCCGACAGAAGUCUCUGCAAAGAUACAGUCUGACUCAGUGGGUUGACCAGAACAUGCGAAGCCACCAUCGGUUCCAGCGUCUACCAGAUUUCCCGUACAGUCCAUUUGUCUCCUCCCAUCAGCAGUGAAGGUCCCUAUCCAGGGUCCUGUCCAGAGCAGCGUCUCAUCUUCUGCUGUUUUGUGCUUUGUAGAUUUUGAAAUUUAUUUUUCACAACAUUUUAAUUUAAAGAACUCGUCACCUUUUGGAAAUGCUCAUUGCUGACUUGAAAUUUUUUGUAUAAGGUCCUUCCUGUUUAUGUGUGUGUAUGCAUUUAAGCAGUGUUGAGUUGAUAAUAGUUUUAAUUUUUUAAUUUAAAUUGAAGGUGGCUGCCACCUGAAAGCCGGCAUUAAGUCAAAACACCCAGGAUCAAGCAAAACACCCACCUCUAUGCAGAGGUGAAGUCUACUUCUGGUGCCCAAAAGAAAUCAUCUUUUAAUCUCCUAUGAGGAAGAGAUUCUUUAUCAGGCUGCAAGCCAGUGUUAAUUAUUGCUGAUGACUUAUAAAUGGAUACAAGUCACUUUUAACAACGCCUCUUACCUUUUUUAUUUGAAUCUCCGAAUACCUGUCAGUAUUUUAAAGUUGGUAAUCCAGGACAUCUGAAGUAGUUGAAAGGACAAAUUAGAAGUAUAAAUCUUUUCUUCUUUUUGUACCUACUAGCUGCCUUUAUUUUUUGGCUUUUUUUUUUCAUUCUUCAUUAAAUUUAUUUUGCACAAUAGUGUUUACAAAUCUUGUACAUCUUAACUCUAACAGAAGACUGGUGACUAACAGCCCCUGUUGAUUUGUGAUCUUGUGACUGUCUGCCUUCUCUGCCUUUCUUCAAGGAUAUUCCUUCUUUUUUCCCCAGUGAACUUAGGGCUCUACUGGCAUAUUCCUGUAUCCUGUUAGACAUAGAUAUGCCUCUUAAGAACAGCCUUACUGUGCUUUUUAUUGAAGAGCCACCCACCCAGAGUCUUGACUCUAGGACAGGCCAGAAAGCAGUGCUAUUGAGAGGUGUCAGUUGGUCUUCAGUUUCAUCUGCUGAACUCCAGUUCAAGUAUGAGUUGACGUGUUAGUGAGCUUCCAUCCUGUGGGAGAGACUUUGGAGAAGCUGUCUUUUGUCUCCAUUAUUAGUUAAUAAGAGGUGCCUUUUGAUCCAGGAUCUCCUUACUUGGUCAAACCUCUGAUGUACAGUUUUACAAAACUACUAAAGUGAAUCUAAAAUAGUUUUGAUUAAGCCUGUGCACAAAGCAUUACCGAUCUUAAGGGUAAUGCUAUAUGCAGCUAUCUUAAUGGAUGUCUUAGUAGUUUGUUAUUCUCUUUACAGACAGCUCUAGACAUCUAUUGGGAGAUUUUGCAGUCUGGCAUUUGUGCUGUUGUUCACUCUGUGUGACGGUUGUACCUAGUUGCUAUAGCACACAGCCUGUGAUACUGGGCUCAUUGCCUCUGUCUGGUUUUGUUGUUCCAUCAGCCCCAUCUUUGUAUGCAAGUAACCCAUCUUAAACAUCCUACCCUGCUUUAGAAACUGAUUUGGGAGAAACUUGGUCAUAGUUACCAGUAAACUUAGAUGGAUAUCCCUAAGUGUUAACUAUUUCUAUCCAGUCAAGGAUUCUCUUUUCCUUCGACAUCUGGUUUAGAGUCUGGGACCAAAAUGCAAAGGAGAAGUUCUGUUCAAAGGCAAGAGUCAAAAUCUGUUAUUUCAGUUGGCAUUUCCUAUAUCAGUCACUUCUCCAGGUUUCCGUAAAUCAGUAUGAUGGAGUGGGACAAACAUCCACCUUUGGAACUAUAGCAUAGUUAGAAUUAAUUGUUGCUGGAAUAAUUAGCAUUGCAGCUGUCUUGUUCCCCACAGAUAGCCAAGGAGUAAAGGGACAGCCUUUUGCUUAGGCAAAAGUCUAAGACUCAUGUUCCUGCCUCCCUGGUACAGGAGGGUUUAAGACUGAUGUGUAAUGGGAGCAUCGCCUUUGCCAAAUCAAAUGAGUGAUGGGUUAACGAGAAAAUGUGACAAUCACAUUUCCUCUUUGCUCAGAUAAUUCUGUUUUUCAAGGUUUAGCAGCUUAAUUAAAUCUGUUGGACUGGGGGAGGAGAGAACUGUUCCCUAGCGGUUAACAUGGUAUUCUUUAAGAAGAAAAACAAAGCCAAAGAAAACUCAUUAUCAGGCAUGUUCGCCUUAAAGACGGUAGUGGGUAGAAUCUGGAGUUUUAAUCUGUUUUUAAAAGCUACAUAUCUCACAUUUAGUGUUGGCCUCUAAGUCUAAUUUUCAUGUAGAAUUCUUGCCGUGUUUUAUUUACAUAAGCGUUGUGUGCAUUUAACUGCCUACCUAGCUUUCUUUAUCUGUGAUGACAUUCUCGCCACGGGGGUCUUGACAAUGCAGAGUAGGAAUGUGCUGUUUACAUAGUUUACUUGUAUAUAAAGAGCCUGAAAUAACCUUAGUUUUGCAUCUAAUGCAGGCCCCAGUUUACUUUGGUUGUUGUCAGGAUCAAUUAUGAAAGUGAAGUUUGGUGCCUCCUCUUUAUCAUAUAUUUCUCCUUGUAGCAGUUGUAUUUAAUGUCAUUGCAAAGAAAUAAAAGUUCUUGUCGGUG